AUGCGCAUCGAACGGCUUUUGGUCUCCGUCAUCACUGUGCAGUUCGAGGCGUCAUCAGAGCUACAUGCUUUACAUCACGGAGAUUCGUUCUACAUUCGUGCUGUUGACGGUCUCCCUCCAUCGUUCAAAAGUCUGGUCCAGUAUCGUAAAUUGCUCUCCGGAGGCAGUGACAUCCUGGCGCGUUCGGGGAUUACGCCUCGCCAAAGCUCCCACUCUAGAUUUUACUUGAUGCCACGUUUCGUCCGAAGCCGCCUUCUGUUGGCGCUCGACCGUCCCUCCGUGGCAGGGGUGGACACGUUAUGUGCUCGUCGGAACAUGGUCCGGUACUACCAUCCAAUAAUUCGGUGGACCUGUGCACCGAAUUGCAAAUUGUCAAAUGUCUUCGCGUUCGCAUAUGCUCGCCCUGCAGAAUAUUCGUAUUCUUCGGUAUUACUAUUGGGUCUCGAACUCGCACACACCUCAUCUACCAUACGCUUAGAUCCGUUCAUACUCGGAAAGCUGACGAACACCAUCGAUGUCCACCUCCUUCUAUCCCCGCUGCUCAAGGGCUAA